GUUUAGAUAAGGAAGUUUGGUUUCAGGAAGCUCUUUUGACAGUAAAAGGUGCACUGGCCCUUUAAAUGCACAGGGCUGUAAGAGUGCUCAGCUGGAUCUGGAGUGAUCAGCGCUGGCUGGAAGGAAAGCAGCUACUCCUUACAUUGCAUGUUGAUCUGCCUGGCACAAAACAAAAAAACAACAAAAAAAAAACUCCCAUCAGGGCAGGCACCCAAAACAUGAUCCUUCCAACUAGCCAGUCCUCCCCUGUGCCAGGACUAAGCUAGCUUCACAGAGGUGGGAGACAGACCUUCUGCUGCUGCCUGGGAGAUGGGGAAUCAGGUGGAGAAAUUGACUCAUCUAAGUUACAAAGAGGUCCCUACGGUGGAUCCUACUGGUGUGGAUAAAGAUGAUGGACCUAGGAUAGGGGUAUCCUAUAUCUUCUCAGCAGACGAUGAUGAUCUGGAGGAUACAGGGCAUGAUCUGGAGAAACAAGGGUCUCUGCAGGAGGAGCUGCAAUACGAUCACUGCAAUGAAGUGGAGUGUUCUGUGUACUACAGAGACGAUUGUAUUUAUGAGAAGGGCUUUGGAGAUGGAGAUCAGAUGAGCACCUAUUCUCCGGAGAACCUGUUAAACAAAUGCAAGCCUGGGGACCUGGUGGAAUUUGUGGCCAAGAACCAGUACCCACACUGGGUGGUGUAUGUGGGUGACUUCCAAGUGGUGCAUUUAUACAGGUUAGAGAUCACCAACAGCUUCAUGACAGAUGCCAGCCAAGGCAGGAGAGGUAGGAUCGUGAAUAAUCAGUAUAAAUACAAGCCUUUGAGUCCAGAGAUGGUGGUGAGGAAUGCUCUGGAUCAAGUUGGGGUCAAGGACCAGGAGCUCAGCUGGAGGAACUCUGAGUGCUUUGCUGCAUGGUGCAGGUAUGGAAAGAGGGAAUUCAAGAUAGGUGGAGAGAUAAGGAUAGGGAAACAGCCCUACAGGUUAAAAAUUCAGCUGUCUGAGAAGAAGAGUCACACUCUGGAGUUCCAGAGCCUGGAGGACCUCAUUAUGGAAAGGAGACGGAAUGAUCAGAUUGGCAAAGCUGCUGUGCUCCAGGAACUCUCCAACCAUCUACAUGCUGAUGAAGAAACCAGAACUGAUCACAGUACCAACUGAUGGAUUAAACCUGAAGGCUGCAAAAUUGAGCUGUUAUAAGCCCUUUGGGUGGUUUCAGAGCAGUUUUAUUCAAAUCACAUGUGAAAGGAAAUCUGAUUUAGUUUUGCUUUGUUUUAACUCUUUCAGCAGCCCAUCCUUUUUCUAUUGCAUUGUGUUUUUUCAGAAGCACUGCAGAGAGCGUCCAACCCCAUCCCCUUGGAUGGUAUCUGUUUGUUUCUAUUAUAAACACCAGUCACCAUUUUAUGUGUGCACUACUAAAUAACUAGCAGAGGUACCUUUUGUACAGAUUUAAUUUGUAAUGCCCUCUUCUUUAUAGGGUGACCAAAGCCCCCUUUCAUUGGGGACAC